ACUGAGUACAGUGUUUGUGAAGAGUGCGUGCAUUGAAAGCAUGCGACUGUAUGUGAGGUUUGAAAACAAGGUCUGACUCGCAGUGUGUUUGUUGUGCACCGAAAGGUCGUGUCUUUGGCACCACUGACACACUGGUCACUGCUUUGGUGAUGACAUCAUGACAUCCGACACUACAGAUGAUGGUGUCUAUCACGACGAGGUGGAGAUCGAGGACUUCUCGUACGACGACGAGACGGAGACAUUCAGCUAUCCCUGUCCUUGUGGUGACACUUUCACUAUCACUAAAGAGGAUCUGGAGAACGGCGAAGACGUUGCCCGAUGUCCGUCGUGUUCACUGAUAGUUCGGGUCAUCUAUAACUUGGAUGACAUCCCAGCCCUGUGUGCCGACCGCCACAAACAGAGCAAAGCAUCCAAUAUUCUCGUCACUAAUUGAUUCAAUCAUAUUUGCAAAGUUAAUAACAUAAAAUGAUAAACAGACAAUUAAUUUAUUUAAUUUGUCAUAAACUUUACUUAACUAUUUAUUAAUUGCAAAA